AUGGAAGCCGAGACUUCUCGCCCAGCGUUGGCCCCAUCAUACUCAUUCUCCGGCUCUUCCUCUACAUCAUCUACUCUUCCGAAGUCCCUCAAACGAGCACUCACAUCAACUUCCGACUUGGACUUUUUCAAGCCAGCAGAAUCAUCUUUCAACCCACGACCUUAUACGCCCAGUGCAAAUCCACCAUCCAGCACUCAUUCGAAGAGCAGAUACUCUCAGGUCCCGCGUCACACCAACCGACCCGAAGUUCAUGUUAUACCUCCGGCCAGUAUGGAUCCAUCACCAGUAGACGCCGAUGUUGUUUUUAUUCAUCCUCCUUUCGACAAUUUUCCUGAUGCACAGAACUUUCCGGAAGGACUGACGUACAAAGUCAUGGCUGAGAACCCAGAGUGGUUCCUGGAUGCUGCUGACUACAUUCGCGUCGAGGAUAGCUCGCCCUGUGUACCAACCUCAGUUGCCGCUGAGAAAUCUUCGUUGAUACCAUACCCCUCUCAUCUAGAGCCUCCUCGUGGAUGGUGUCCUGCGAAGAAGAAGGAUUUGAAAGACCUUGGCUCUGAAGGCUGGCCAGAUGGAGAGGAACCUAGACUACGCUGUACUUUUUGCAGACGCACCUAUGCUGGCGUUAACGCGAAGAGCAUGUGGAGACGACAUGUUUUUGAAAAGCACAAAAUUGCCAUGUCCAACCGCCGAGAUGGUGGUGAUCGUCCUAGGGGCAGAGGCUCUACCAAAGAGAACAAACCUACUACCAAGCCUGGUUCCGGGGAUGAAAUGCAUGAUAAGCUUGUCAACAUUCAUGUCACUCCUCAACCUUUUGCACCCGACACUUCCCAAACCCAACAGAAGAUUAGAUUUCGUCCUGCGAUCAUGGGUGACCCGAUGAAAAAUGUCCUAUCUACGCCAUCAACCUCAACCGAGGAUUCGACCGAACAACGGAAUCCACCGUUAUUUACCCCACCCUUGACACCUCGGAGGUCGUCGUCAGUUCCUAUCAGCGCGUCCGACGACGUUCCUCAAACCUCAACACCCCCUGUACCUGUAAUUCCAUUUUCGCCUUAUGAUCCCCGUGCGACACCAGCAUUCCGGCACUCGCCCGCGCCCACACCGUAUGAUCAACCCUGGCGUUACCCGAGCCCCAGCCAUCCUUUCUCCAAAGCACGAGAUCUGUCACUUAGUGUUUUACUGCGUAAUUCAGGAAGUCUCACAGUCGAUAGUCCAAGUCCUAUACCUAGUCUCAUGCGGGACGACAUUUCUAGUCCCAGUAGCUCUCUAAUCAGCAAGAAAUCAUUCUUUGCCGACUUGAACACUCCAAAUAGCGUCACGAACAGGCGUUUGACUGGCUUGAAGAGCUCCACUUCCACCCGACCAGCUUUAUCAGAAGAAUCACCAUUGGGACGAGGCAUUGUUGGUCGCAGCAGCCAUCACAGAAACAGCUCCGAGUUGUCGUUGGACGAUUGGCUUUCCCUGCCCGUUACUAGGACAUUCCUGACUAGCCUUAACGAUUGGGAUUCGGAAAACAAUUCCAGUCCGGUGGCGCAUGGGCUUAUUAAUCCCGCGUUAAAUCCAACUGAAAGUCCUGUGGUGAGACGUGACAAUCCUCUCGAUCGCAGCGGCCUUGGAAUUGGGUUGCUUGAGCCUUUCACGCUGCCAGGGAACCGUGGCCACGCCAACGAUUCAUCUUCUGAUAUCGAGGACGAGUUCGAAAUCAUGGACAACCUGACUAGCUCGCGUCCGAAUCUGGAAUCCGGUAACACGGAAACCAUGACUCCGCCUCCCAAGAAGAGAAGGACUUCUGCUCUUUGA